AUGACGGAUUAUCCUAAACGUAAAGCAUAUAAUGAACGUUAUCCUAUGCAAUUUGAUGAAAAUGGAAAAGCUGUUAAACAACAUAUCGGAGACAGUAAAGAUGGACCAAUUCUUUCAUACCGUCAUAAUCCAUAUUCUUAUUUCAAUGAAGAAUUAAACGCUAUUGAAGAGGGACCGGAUGGAUUACCACGAUAUGUUAAUCAGUUUGAUGGUCAAUAUGCAAAUUUGAGACCUGAAAUUCCAGCUAAGAAAUUCUUUAAAGUUGCUUUAUUCGAUCCAGUGUUCAAUGAACAGAAAGAAGCAAUGAAAGCAGAAUUUAAACCAAUUCAAGUGGCAAGAAUUUCUUCAUCUUCACUUUCAGAAGCGUUCAAGGAAUUGAUAAAGAAACCACUUUAUUCUCAACAAGGUUAUAACUUUGAUUUAAUUAAAGAAAGUGAUAGACGUAAAUUAGAAAAAUCGGAUGGUUUUAAGAAUGCAUGUAAUGAAAUGAUUAAAGAUAUUGUAAAUGAUAAAAUAAGACUGGAAGAAACUCAAACCAUUAUCAAUAACAUAAUUGGUGCAGUUACAAAGAAAGUAUAA